AUGAGGGAAAGUAGGUUUCAGGUGAAGGUGACGGAUUUCGGACUAACUCGAAAAGUGGGCUCAGCGGUGCGCUAUUUGGAAUAUGUUAACCAUUAUCAUGCACCGGAGUUAUGCGAAACGGUUGUUAAUGAAACACUGAUUGUUGACCGGUCAAUUGACGUUUGGUCUAUAGGAAUCUUGAUUUACUAUUGUCUCAAAGGACGUUUCCCGUGGCAAAAGGCUACAAUAAUGUGCAAGCCAUACUGGGAAUGGGAACAAUGGCUGAAGAGAAAAAAUUUGCAAUUGCCCAAACGUUGGGACAGUUUCAGUGAAAAAUCUCUGAAACUAUUUAGGAGAACACUUGAACCGAGGUACAAAGAUCGAUGGGGAGUGAAAAAUAUAUCGAAAUGUUUAACAAAGGAGAAAUUACUGAAGGCGUCAAAGGUAACCGAGGAAGUGUGA